UGUGUCGGGAAAAGGUCCAUGACUGAACAGGGAGGUGUCAAAUCGUGGGCCCGGGAGACGGAGGGUGACCAAUAAGACGCAGCGGUGGGUGGGACGUUCCCCCGCUGAGUGCCGGCCGGGUCGGGCGGGUUUAAAGCGACCGGCGGCGGUUGGUUUCCCCGGCAGGCGCGCGGCGAUGGCGCGGGAGGCGGCCGGGCCCGGCCUGGUCCCCGCGGCUGGGGGGAAGGGGAAGGUGAAGGCGCUGGGCCUAGUGCUGGAAGAUGAGGCCCGGCGGGGCGGCUACGCGAGCGGGGACACGGUGUCGGGCCAGGUGCUGGUGGAGCUGGCGGGGCCGCUGCUUCUCCGGGCCCUGCGGCUGGAGGCCACGGGCCGGGCCUGGGCGGCCUGGAGCAAGGGGUCCGUCCGGGGCUCCUCUGCCCGGGCCCGCGGGGGCGCGGGGCGGGGCCUCCCGGGGCCCCGGCGGGAGGCCGAAGUGCGGUACCUGGACAUCCGGCAGAGCCUCCUGCGGCAGCCCCCGGAAGGUGAAGAUGGCUUAUUCCUGUUAGAAGCUGGAAAACAUGAAUUCCCAUUCAGCUUUCAACUUCCACAGGAACCUUUGGUGACCUCUUUUAGUGGAAAGUAUGGCAGCAUUCAGUACUGUGUGAAAGCCAUUCUGGAAAGGCCUGUAGUACCUGAUCAAAGUGUAAAGAGAGAACUUCAGGUUAUCAGCCAUGUUGAUGUCAACUCGCCAGCUUUCUUGAUGCCAGUUUUGAGAAACCAGGAGAAGAUGGUUGGCUGUUGGUUUUUCACCUCUGGUCCGGUCUCUCUGAGUGCCAAAAUUGAGAGGAAGGGAUAUUGUAAUGAGGAAGCCAUACCAAUCUAUGCAGAAAUUGAGAAUUGUUCCUCUCGUUUGAUUGUUCCAAAAGCUGCCAUUUUCCAAACACAGACUUAUCUGGCCAGUGGGAAGACAAAAACUUUCCGUCAGAUGCUUGCCAAUGUACGAGGAAACCCUGUUGCUUCUGGGAGUACAGAUACCUGGAAUGGGAAAACUCUGAAAAUCCCACCUGUAACCCCUUCGAUUCUUAACUGUUGUAUCAUCAGAGUAGAGUAUUCUUUAGCUGUGUAUAUCCAUAUUCCUGGUGCUAACAAGUUGAUGAUUGAAUUGCCACUGGUAAUUGGCACAAUUCCAUGUACUGGGUUUUCAAGCAGGAACUCCAGUGCCGGCCAGUUCAGCGUGGACAUGAGUUGGUUGGCACUGACCAUGCCAGAACACCCUGAAGCACCACCAAAUUAUGCUGAUGUAGUAUCGCAGGAAGAGUUCUCUAGACAUGUUCCUGCUUAUUCACAACCAGUUGACUGUGAGGAACAAUUAUAUGGUCACAUGUUUGCCUGUAUACAGGAGUUCCGGUUUCAGCCUCCACCUCUCUAUUCAGAGAUUGAUCCACAUCCUACUCAUAUAGAAGAGACACAGUCUGUUUCAUUCAUGCUCUAAACAAUAUUUGAAAUAGCUGUAUUGUGAUGAAAUUGAAUCCCUUAUGCUUCAGCUGUUAGUAAAGCUAAAAGGAAACUGCUUUCCCAUUAAGAGCUGAAGUUCAGAAACAAUGUGCAAAGGCAAUUGGAGUUGGAAGUCUGAGCAUGCUUGGUGUUUAAAAGAAUCCCUUAUGGAUUAGUCUGCACAGGAGAUGUGGAUGUCACAUAAUUUGACUAAGUGGGAGCAGCCAAGAUUGGAGGUGUGGGAGGUCUUCGAGAAUAUUCAUGAAGAGAUACUACAUAAAGUUAUAAUCUAGAGUUCCAGCUCUAACUCCAGCUACAAACAAACUUCAUGGGAACAUAUCCUAACAUCAGUCAAGUGGUACUAUUUCAUCAUUCAUGAUGAAUUUCCAAUUGUCAUGGAUAGCUAUAUUUUGCCAUUACUGCAAUAUUAUGAAGGCAAGUCUUUAUUGUGUGAAAGACAAACUACUUAAGAGAAAGUUGGACUUCGAUAACUGCUUAUGCACUGUCUUUGUUCUGUUUGUUUUUUGAGCGGAGGGCGGGGGAGUAGAGAUCUCAAGGAAAUUAUUCUAGCCUCUGGUGCUCCUACACUAAUUGUUUGUGUGUGUGUAUCUUAAGCUUGUGGAUAGCAUGAUAAUGGGAGGCAAGGCAAGGAACAGAGUCUUCUUGCCAAUAGCAGAUAUAUUUAUCAAAGUGGAUUUAUUCAAAAGCCUUUUAAGCCUACCUCUGUUUUGGAUACCUAUUUAGGGUCAGACUGAGACCAAAAACAACAUCUAAGACUCGCACUAAUCUGCAAUGUUCUGAAAGGGACCCUAAAUUUCCGCAGUUAACAAAAAAAAGAGGCAAGGGGUUUGGGGAGGAGUAUACCUUUAGUUUAGAUCCGAAGACAAAGCGGAAGGUAAAUAUGUAUUUUGACAGUAAUCAACCUGCAAGGGAACAAAAUCCUUCUGUAAAGACGCACAUUUUUUUUUCAUUUGUUUUCUGUGGUUUUGUUCAAAGACCUAGUCUGUCAUUGGAGGCUGCACUGUUCAUUGUUAUCCAUUCUCUAGUAUUUUUCCUGUCUAAUUUUGCUUUGGUGCAAUAUUUGACUAUUUUUCUUCCUCAGGUCACUUAAAACAGUGAGAUUUUUUUUCUUGCUGCUAAGGAUGAAGGUACUGCCCUUACUGCCUUCGUCUAGAGUAGAAUGUUUGCUUCCUACUAAGCAUGAAUUUGUGUAUGUAAUCUAACCGGUGACCACACUGUCAGCAGUUCACUAGAAAAAUCGUAUUCUCAAUAUGCAAGUGUCCAGUUCACAAUAGUGUUACAUGGUUUUUAGAACUGCUAAAAUUACUUUGUAUAUUUGACGAAAGGCUUUUGGGUUAGAAAUGCUAGUGCUUCAUAUGGUAGAACACUAUUUUUUGGUGAUUAAAAAUAAGUGUCAUUGCAACUUCUUUCAAAAACUGCAGUUUUAAAAAGUGUUGAAAUGGUUUUAUAUUAAAAAAAAAAAUCUUUAGUCACUUAAGUAAUAGGGAUUUUUCUGCAGGCAUAUUUAUUUUCACUUUGUCUCCAUCCUUUAGUAGGACUUUGUGUUUCUUUAAUUUCUAGCUCUUCAGUUAACUAUUGACUCACCAUUGUGUACAAUAGAUGUGGUACUGAUGCAGAUAUAUGUAUUUUAAAACUGCAGUUUCUUUCAUUUGCAAUUUUAAGUAUUAUCUUCUCUAGCAAAUGCAGCUUUAACCAAAAUUUGACUCCAUCUUUUAGAAGACACUUGAAGUUUUCUUAAAGUCUCAAGUUCAGUGUAGCUGUCAUGCAUGUUGAUGGCAUGCCCAUUUAGUCAAUAUCAUUUGUCCUAACUAAACUGAUAGCCACACUGUUGCUAUUUAACUUUCAUGUCAGUCAUACAGAAUAUUAACCUAAGAAGUAUGAGGUGCUUACAAUGAGGACUAUAAAACCUAAUGGGUCAUCUGUUACCUGGAUAGUAUGUUGGUACAAACAUGAUCAUGAGUCUCUAGUUUUAAAAAAAAAAAAAAAUCCUUAGUUGCUGCUUGUUUGCAGGAAAACUGUGGCCUUAAACUGUGGCAAAAAAAAUUCUUAAGCGCACAAGGACCUUUAAGAAAAGGAUGAAAGUUUUUUGAAGGCCCAAUUCUGCUCUGCGAUACCUAGUUUAGAGGGUGGAAUCUGGUUCUUAGUUGUGUACUUUGCACAAUAAUGAAUUCAGCAUGCACAUGGGUUGGUUUUGAUAACUGUGAAACAAGUUUUAAAAAAAAAAACAACCUUGCUAUUCAAAACUUUAACAUGCAAGGAUAUGAUUGUAUUUUGUACGUAUAUGAGCCCUAUGGGUUCUCUUUGUUUAAUAAAAAUGUAAAACUUU